GAAAUAAUGCUUCAAGAGUUGAUAUUCGUUUCAUGUGCCUCUCUUUUCAAUUUCACAGUCAAAAAACAAGAAAAACAAAAUACCUUCUAAAAAAAAAAUCAUCUGGGGUUUCAAAUUUCUCUCUUUCCCUCAAAUAACUCUCUACCUAAACCAUCUCCCGAAUUGUGAACCCAACCCACAUUCUAUUUUGUUCCUUCAAUAUUUUGAUUUUUCUACCAUUGUUUUCCUAAAUGCUCUUCAUCGACAAUUUGUUCACCCAUUGUGUGCAGGUGAUUAAUGUGAUUUUCAUGUAUUGUGUUUUUGUUAUUGGGUAAUGAGAGGUGUCAAGUUUGCCAACAUAGUGGGCAGAGAUGAACCUUGCUGCUCUUUUAACUUCUGCUGGAAUUAAUAUCAUUGUGUGUGUGGUACUUUUUUCACUUUAUUCAAUAUUAAGAAAACAACCAAGUAAUGUUAAUGUCUACUUUGGAAGAAGACUAGCCACUAGGUCUUCGACAAACGUCGACAUUUCCUUGGAAAGAUUUGUUCCCUCUCCUACAUGGGUCAUGAAAGCAUGUGAUACCACUCAAGAUGAACUUCUUAAUAUUGGAGGUUUGGAUGCUGUAGCUUUUAACAGGAUGAUUAUCUUCAGUAUACGAGUAUUUUCUGUUGCUGCUAUCAUUUGCAAUAUAUUAGUGCUUCCGGUGAAUUACUAUGCUGAUCACAGGAUGCAUACAGACAUACCUUUUGAGUCACUAGAAGCAUUUACCAUAGAGAAUGUUAAGGAAGGAUCCAGAUGGCUUUGGGCUCAUUGUCUUGCAUUAUACAUCAUAACAUUGACAGCUUGCUGUCUUCUUUAUUGUGAAUACAAGAGCAUUACUAAUUUGCGGCUAGCACAUUUCACUGAAUUGCCUCCAAAACCAAGUCAUUUUACUAUUCUUGUCCGAGGAAUACCCUGGUCUUCUGAGGAAUCAUAUUGUGAAGCUGUGAGGAAGUUUUUCACAUUUUACCAUGCAUCAACAUAUUUGUCACACCAAAUCGUGUAUAAGUCCGGUUCUGUUCAGAAGCUGAAGGAUGAUGCAGGAUAUAUAUGUAAGAUGUUUGGUGAUGGUGUGGGACAGACUUGUAAGCCAAGCAUGUGCAUGGUACAAUGUUACUUUUGUGGAGGAACAAAUAAUUUUAAGAUUAUCUCUAGUAGAGAAAUAGAUAGCAUACAUUCGAGAACAGGCUUCAGGGACAUGCAUCUGGUUGCAAGACAAAAGGAAUGUGCAGCUGCAUUCGUGUUCUUUAAAAGUAGAUAUGCUGCUCUUAUGGCUGCCCGAAAUCUUCAAGCAUCAAAUCCUAUGUUAUGGGUGACCGAACAAGCUCCCGAACCAUGUGAUGUUUACUGGUCCAACCUUUGCAUCCCAUACAGACAACUAUGGCUUCGAAAGAUAUUCACAUGGGGGGUUUCUACCACCUUCAUGAUUGUAUUCCUCGCCCCUGUCACAUUUGUACAAGGCUUGACUCAACCUGAAAAGCUUGAGAAAAUGUUCCCAUUCCUGACAGAGAUACUUAAAACGAAAUUUAUGGUUCAACUGGUAUCUGGUUACUUGCCAAGUGCGAUUUUGGUUUUAUUUUUAAUUGGUGUUGGACCAGUGAUGAUGUUACUUUCAGCAGUUGAAGGGCCAAUUUCCCGUAGCGGCAAGAAGAAAAGUGCAUGCUGCAAAGUUGUGUAUUUCACCAUUUGGAAUGUGUUUUUUGUCAAUGUUUUUACCGGGUCUAUUAUCAGUCAACUAUCAGUGUUUACUAGUAUAACAGAACUACCUGCCCAAUUGGCAAAGGCAGUCCCAGCUCAGGUUACGUUCUUCACAACAUAUGUUUUAUCAUCUGGUUGGGCAAGUCUAGCAUUUGAGAUUAUUCAACCGUUUCCUCUUUUUUGUAACAUGUUCCAAAGAUUAGUACUAUGUUCUGGUAAAGAUUCAUACAACGGAACUCUAACUUUUCCAUACCAUACAGAAGUUCCAAGGAUCCUUCUAUUUGGAUUUCUCGGGUUCACAUGUUCUAUUCUGGCACCCCUGAUACUGCCCUUUUUAUUGUUCUACUUUUUCCUAGCAUACCUCGUUUACCGUAACCAGAUCAUCAAUGUGUAUAUUACAAAAUAUGAUGGUGGCGGACAAUUAUGGCCUAUUGCUCACACCACGUCGAUCUUUUCAUUACUUGUGGCACAAGUUAUCGCACUUGGGGUGUUUGGACUAAAACGAUCAACAGUUGCAGCUGGAUUUACAAUUCCAUUGUUGAUCGGUACCGUUCUAUUUAAUCAAUAUUGUAGGCAACGAUUUCUUCCUGUAUUUAAGAACAAUGCAGCACAGGUUCUUAUUGACAUGGAUCACAGAGAUGAAACUUUUAGAAGGAUGGAAGAGAUUUAUCAUCAAUUGCAUUCAGCCUAUUGCCAAUUCAAUAAUACUAGCCCUCCUCAAUCUGAAUGUUUCAGUUAUUCAGGGGACAUUUCAGAACGUGUUCAGAGUCUUCAUACUCCAAAAGAUUUAGAGACAGGCAAAAAAAUCAUGCAACCAGAAAUGUCAUGGCCAAUUGUUCGUCGAUAGUUCAAUUUUGUAGAAAUCAAUCAUAGACUUGUAAAUUUUAUGAGAAUCAUGCAUGGUGAUUGCUACAAAUGGAGGUUGUGCACAUGUAAAUUUAGAUAUCUCGAUCCAAAUGCCUAUGUAAUUAUCUUUGUAAUUACAUAUUAUAGGAAUCAGUUUCUCUCCACAGUGAAUAUCUUUGUAAUUAUCCUCUUUUCUAUGUAAUUGUAAAUAUUCAUGUCGAAAUAAUUAU